AUGGAAUCAAGACGGUAUGGCCCUAAUAUUAUAGUUACAGGCACACCAGGAUGUGGCAAAUCUUCUAUGUGCGAGCUAUUGAAGAACAAAUUAAAGGACUACAAAUACUACAACAUUUCUGAUUUUGCUAAGGACCAUGAUUGUUUCGAAGGCUAUGAUGAGGGCCGUAAAUCACAUAUUGUCGAUGAAGACAAACUGCUGGAUGUAUUAGAACCACUUCUGAGACAAGGAAACAGCAUUGUCGAUUGGCAUGUGAAUGAUAUUUUUCCAGAGAGGCUUAUUGACUUGGUGGUGGUUUUGAGAUGCGAUAACUCUUACUUAUAUUCCCGGUUGCAUGCAAGAGGAUAUCAUGACUCCAAGAUCGAGGAAAACCUCGAUGCUGAGAUUAUGGGUGUGGUCAAGCAGGAUGCCGUGGAGUCAUACGAACCACAUAUUGUGGUGGAACUACAAAGUGACACAAAAGAGGACAUGGAAUCCAACGUUUCACGUAUUAUCACUUGGGAGAAGAUGUGGUUGGAACAACAUCCAGAAGGUGUCACCAAUGAAUACCAAGGUUCUCGUAGUGAUGACGAGGAAGAUGAAGACAGUGAAUAG